AUGGAGAGAAAUAUUGAUAGAAAGCAUCAUGCCUUACUUAAUCAAGGAGAAGAAAAUGAGAUGGAAACAUUUGGCUAUAAGGCACAAUUCUACAAAAAAGCAGCCUGUCUCAUAGGAUAUGUGUUUUCCUGUGGCUUCCUUUGGCUGCUCUUCUACUGGAAGCCUGAAUGGCAUGUAUGGGCACAUUGCAUUCCAUGCAGCUUGCAAGAAGCUGACACUAUAUUGCUGAAAACCACCGAUGAAUUUGAACAAUAUUUUAGGAAAAAUGUGAUAUGGAUUCAAUUGCAAGGUUUGAAUAUAUCAAUGAAAACGACAUCUGCACAGCCUGUGAUUGCUGAUGGCAAAUCUAUCAUUAGCAAAGCCAUCCAAAAGACUGAUCUAAAGGUUAAAUUGAUACGAGUGCAAAAAAUCAGUUAUGUAUGGGACCAAGAAGAGCAACAGUUUCAGAGAUCAGGGGUUCUUGAGGACAACCUAACCUGUUAUGAGAUUCACACAAAAUUUGCUUCUGGAUUAACAAGUGAGGAGCAAAACAUCAGAAGAUCUAUUUGUGGACCAAACAGCAUUGAAGUUGAUAUUGAACCAAUUUGGAAGCUAUUGUUCAAAGAGGUCUUAAAUCCUUUCUAUGCAUUUGAAGCCUGUAGCCUGGCACUGUGGUUGGCUGUAGGAUUCAUAGAAUAUUCCAUUGCUGUUAUUAUAAUGACUCUGACAUCCAUAAUCUUUACAGUACAUGACCUUAGAAAGGAAUCUGUUAAACUUCACAAUCUGGUGGAAUCCAACAACAGUGUCAAGGUGACCAUACUCCAAAAAAACAGAGAGUGCAAGGUGGUAGAAUCCCGCUGCUUGGUGCCAGGUGAUGUCAUUGUCUUUACAGGAAAGAGGUUAUUCCUUCCAUGUGAUACCAUACUCCUAAGCGGAGGAUGUAUUGUAAAUGAAAGCAUGCUCACAGGUGAAAGUAUCCCUGUGUCUAAAACUCCUCUACCUCAUAAUGACCAUACCACGCCCUGGAAGACACACAGUGGCGAGGACUUUAAAAGGCAUAUCCUAUUUUGUGGUACUGAAGUCAUUCAGACAAAGUCAGCAGGUCAUGGACACGUGAAGGCAAUUAUCCUAAGAACUGGAUUUAAUACUGCUAAAGGAGAUCUAGUGAGAUCCAUCUUGUACCCAAAGCCAAUGAAUUUUAAAUUAUAUAGAGAUGCUUUCAGAUUUCUGAUGGUUCUAGCAAGCGUUGCUAUAAUUGGAACAAUCUACACAGUGGCUGUUUUUGUCAUGCAAGGGGAGUCUCCUACUGAAAUUGUGAUAAAGGCUUUGAUUAUUAUCACAACAGCUGUUCCCCCAGCACUGUCAGCUGCCUUAUCUACAGGUAUUAUGUAUGCUCAGCGCAGACUAAAGAAGAAUGGGAUUUUUUGUGUCAGUCCUCAGAGAAUAAAUAUUUGUGGGCGCCUGAAUAUUAUUUGUUUUGACAAGACUGGAACUCUAACAGAAGAUGGACUGGACCUGUGGGGUGUGCUCCCUUCCCAUGGAAAUUGCUUCCAGGAGGUCCACAGCUUCACAAUGGGUAACGCUUUGCCAUGGGGACCAUUGCUUGGGGCUUUGUCCAGCUGCCACUCAUUAGUUGCCAUUGAUGGAACACUGCAGGGAGAUCCCUUGGAUUUGAAGAUGUUUGAAGCUACUAACUGGGAACUCAAACAGUUGGUUUCAGAAAAUAAUGACAUUUCCGCAUCCAACCUGAUUGUGAAACCAGGACAAGGCUGCAGAAUGGGUCCAGUUGAAGAAAUUGCCAUCAUCCAUCAGUUUCCAUUUUCUUCCAGCCUGCAGCGCAUGUCUGUCAUCACUCAAGAGAUUGGUCAGGAUAAGCUAGUUAUGUAUAUGAAAGGAGCGCCAGAGAUGGUGAUCACAUUUUGCAAGGAGGAAAGUGUUCCAAAAGGCUUUUCACAGGAGCUUCAGUUUUACACUAUGAAAGGUUUUCGAGUUAUUGGACUGGCCUAUAAAACUCUAGAGGAUUGGAAGAUUGCAUCAGAUGCCAACUUUAUCAGGGAGGAUGUUGAAUCAGGUCUGGAAUUUCUUGGAUUGCUUAUAUUGGAAAACAGAAUGAAACCAGAAACAAAACCUGUUCUGCAAGAGCUGAGUGCUGCCAACAUCAGGACUGUCAUGGUCACAGGAGAUAACUUACAAACGGCCAUAACUGUAGCAAGGUCUUCAAGCUUAGUCCCAGAGAGUAGCAAUAUUAUCCUUGUAGAAGCUGAAGAACCCUCUGGACUAAGAUCUGCAAAUAUUUCAUUUCACCAUACUGAAGAAACCGAACAAAGUUCAGAUGAGAUGAAAGUGUCAGUGAAUAUUGACGUUGAAGGUCGAACAGUUUUAGAGGAAGCACAGGGUGAUUAUCAUUUUGCAAUGAGCGGCAAGACCUAUCAGGUUGUCCUGCAACAUUUCCAGAGUUUGCUGCCAAAACUCCUGGUGAAUGGGGCCAUCUUUGCUAGAAUGUCACCUGGACAAAAAUCCAGUCUAAUAGAGGAAUUCCAAAAGCUCGAUUACUACGUGUGCAUGUGUGGUGACGGAGCCAAUGAUUGCGGUGCUCUGAAAGUAGCUCAUGCUGGUAUAUCUCUCUCUGAGCAAGAAGCGUCUGUGGCCUCUCCAUUCACCUCACGUACCCCAAACAUAAGGUGUAUCCCGCAACUGAUCAAAGAAGGACGAGCUGCCUUGGUCACUUCUUUCUGUGUCUUCAAAUACAUGACUCUUUAUGCCAUGAUCCAAUUUGUUUGCAUGCUGCUGCUAUAUUGGGAAAUAAAUAUAUUGUCCAACUAUCAGCUCCUUAUACAAGAUGUGGCUGUAACUAUAGUAGUCUGCUUAACAAUGAGUUUAAACCACGCAUACCCCAAAUUAGCACCGUACAGACCUCCAGCACAGCUCAUGUCACCCCCUCUCUUGCUCUCAGUAGUGCUUCAUGUUCUCUUCACCACGGCCAUACAGGUCUAUGGAUUCAUUGUGGUCAAGCACCAGCCUUGGUAUUCUACGCACCCUGGCAGCACAUGCAACUUUGGAAAUGAAAGUCUUAUGAAUGCCAGUGUUACAAAUAACAACAGCAUACAUUCAUCAGCGAGUACACACUCAGGGCUCAAUCUGAACAUGAGUCAUGAGAGCUACGAAACAACAACCUUGUGGCUUCUGACUACUAUUCACUGCAUAAUAGUUGCAUUUGUUUUCUCUAAAGGCAAGCCAUUUCGACAGCCUAUAUUUACUAAUUACACAUUUACUAUAGUAUUGGUGAUCCAGCUUGGAGUCUGCAUUUUCCUUUUAUUUGCUGACAUAAAGAGUAUAUACUCUGUAAUGGAGAUUGUGUGCAUACCAACUUCUUGGAGAAUAACCCUUUUGAUCAUACUGGUCAUCACGGUUGCUGUCUCAGUCUUAGCAGAAGAAUGGAUCAUAGAGAACAGAAAGCUCUGGCUGCUGCUAAAGAAAUGUUUCAACUACAAGUCAAGAAGUCAGUACAGAAAGAUUAUAAGAACUGUGGAAAUGGAUCAAAACUGGCCACCACUCAACCAAAGAUUCCGCACAAAGCCAGUUAUCAGACAUACAAAUGAGAAAACUGAAGUCUAUAGCAAUCCUGCAUAUGAAAAGGAUUCUAUUAAAUAAAUAGAUAUCAGCAUAGGC